AUGAAUGAUAAUGAUGAUGACUUAGUUGCUAUUGUUGGGGUUGGAUGCAGGUUACCAGGAAAUUCAAAUUCCCCAAAUGAAUUUUGGGAAACAAUUAAAAAUAAAAAAGAUGGAAUCAUAGAAAUGUCAGAAAGAUUUUCAGAUAAUUUUUUUAUAUCGAAUCAAUUUGGCUUAAAACGUGCUGGUUUAAUAUCGAUGAAUGAAUGGAAAUCAUUUGAUCCAAUUUUUUUUGGGAUUUCACCAUCUGAGGCAUUAACAAUUGAUCCUUCGCAAAGAUUACUUUUAAAAUGUACUUGGGAAGCAUUUGAAGAUGCAUCAAUUGACCCAUUAUCCAUAAGGGGGACGAGUGCAACGGUUUAUGUUGGCACAUCAACACCCGAAUAUCAAUACAGCACAGUAUCUAAUUACGAACCAAUAAAAAACCUGUUUGGAGCUACCCCUCACUCUUUAGCAAAUAGAAUAUCGUAUUGUUUCGAUUUAAGAGGCCAAUCAUUAUCAAUUGAUACUGGGUGUUCUUCUUCGUUAAAUGCAGCAGUCCUGGGUUACAACUCAAUUAAAGAUGGCCAAUGCGAUAUUUCUGUAGUUGGUGGAUACAAUUUUUUAAUGGAUCCUUUCUUUACCAAAGGUCUUUGUCAACUGGAGAUGCUUAGUAAAUCUGGUAAAAGUUGUGCCUUUGAUUCAAGUGCUGAUGGAUAUGUCAGAGGGGAAGGUUGUGGUGUAGUUGUUUUUAAAAGAUUAAAAGCUGCCAUUAGAGACUCAAAUAGAAUUUAUUGUGUUAUUGAAGGAGCCAAUUCAAAUGUAGAUGGAUACUAUAACAAAAAUACUUUUUAUGCACCAUCUAUACCAUCUCAAGUGGAAAAUAUUAUAAAAACUUUUAAAUCUGCAAAAAGAUCAAUAAAACCAAAAGAUGUUUCCUUUUUCGAAUGUCAUGGCACGAGUACAUUAGUCGGUGAUCCCAUAGAAACCGAAGCACUAUCUAGAGUUUUUAAGGAGAACCAUUCACCCGACAGUCCACUAUUGAUUGGUUCAAUAAAGCCAAAUAUAGGUCAUUUAGAAGGUGGUUCAGGAAUUGCUUCAUUAAUUAAAUGCUGUUUAAUGUUCAAAUUCAAAAAAUUUGCUCCAAAUAUCAAUUUUGAAAACCCAAACCCCAAAAUUAAAUUUGAUGAAUGGAAUUUAAAAGUUAAUACACAAGUUUUACCAUUUCCAAAUAAAAACACAACCAUAAUGAUGAAUAACUUUGGUGUCACAGGAAGCAAUGCAUGUUUAUUGCUAUCACAGUAUAAUCACUCUCAAAACAAGGAUGAUUUGUAUGCAGAUUCUGGUAUUAAAAACAAAAAAGAAUACUUAAUUCCCUUUUCUGCAAAUAGUAAAAAAAGCUUAAGAAACUAUCAAAUUUCAAUUGUUAAUAAUAUAAAUCAUUAUAAAAAUAAUUCAAAUCUUUUUGAUUUUAUCAAAUGUCAAAUAAACUCAAGAUCUAAUAAACUACUUCAAAGAUCUAUGGGAAAGGCCAAGAAUUGGGAUGAUAUUGCUAAAAUUGAUAAUUAUAUUGAUACAAGCCAUUCAAAGGUUUCAAAUAUUACAGUAUCAAAAAGACAGCCACAAAAUAUAGUUUUUAUUUUUCCAGGUCAAGGUACACAGUAUAUUAAAAUGGGUUCAAGUUUAUAUCAAACUAAUCAAACUUUUAAAUUAUGGGUAGAUAAAAUCGAUAGUAAAUUAGAAAAGUAUUUUGGGUUUUCAAUUUGGAAAAAGAUAAACUCAUUUAGUGAAUCUGACAAAGAAACUAUGAACGAACCAAUUAUUGCUCAACCAUCGAUUAGUAUGAUACAGGUUGCAUUGUUUCAUAUAUAUAUAAGAUGGAAUAUAAAUCCAUCGUUUAUAAUUGGUCAUAGCUUAGGGGAAACAUCGGCACAAUUUUGUUCUGGGAAUAUAGAUUUAGAAACAUUUUGUUCAAUUUUAUACAACAGAUCAGUUUCACAACAAAAAACGGUUGGUUUAGGAAGAAUGCUAUCAAUUAAUAUUGGUGAAAAAGAAUUUAAAGAAAAAUAUUCGUAUAAAUAUCCAUCUUUGGAAAUCUCAUGCUACAACUCCCCAAACUCUAUUGUGGUAUCUGGAAUAGAGACAGUUUUAUUUAAUUUAAAGUCAGAUUUAAAGAAUGAUAAUAUUUUUUCAAUACUUUUAUCUACAAGAUCUUCAUUUCAUUCAUCUAGUCAAGAAACAAUAAAAGAAGAUAUUUUGAAUUGUAAAUUUAAAACACAAUUAAGACCCACAAUCCCUGUUUUUUCAACAGUAUAUAAAAAAAUAUUUGGCCCUACCCUUGCCUAUGAUCCAAAGUACUGUUUUGAAAAUAUUAGAAUGCCUGUUUUAUUUGCCGAAACCAUCGAGGCUUUUUAUCAACAUAUAGAAACCAACUCAUUAUCAAAUGAAAUUGUUUUUAUCGAAAUAUCUCCCCAUCCAACACUUUUAUAUUACCUUAAAGAAAUGGUUCCAAAAGACUCAAACUAUUUUACUGAUGAGUCCAUCAUUAUUUUAUCAUCUCUAAACAAAAAAAAUAACAGUAACGAUCAAACAGAAAUAAACAACACAAUUUCAAAAUUAUAUUGUUUUGGUUAUAAUAAUUUAAAUUUUAAUCAACAAUUUGAACAAAUAACAAUAAACAAACAUGUAGAUCUACCAUUUUACAAAUGGGAAGAUGAAAAGUACUUUUUAGAGGACCAUCAGCAUUAUUUAAAUAGGACCCAAGGUCCACCAAUUGACCUUCUUGGCACAGAAAACUUAUCACCAAUUAAAUCUUUUACAACAUACAUUGAUGUAAAAAAACCAAUUUUCCAAUAUUUGAAAGGACAUGCUGUUAAUGGUGGUUUCAACUUUCCUGGGUUUGGCUAUGUUGAUAAUGUCAUCAAUAUGUAUGCUGAAAAUGAUUUAAUAAUAGAUGGUAUAGAAUUUAAAGAUCCUUUAAUAUUUAAAGCUGGUGAAAAUACAAUUCUACAUACAAAUGCUACUCAGGUUUUAAAAAAUCAACUUAAAGUUCACUUUCAUUAUUAUAACAACAAAAGCGAUAAAUGGAUAGAAACCUCAAAUGUUAAUGUAUACUUAGUCGACCAUGAUUAUGAUAACAAAGAAUUAAAAAUGGAUAUAGAUCAACUAAAAAAGGAAUGCAACCAUUACUCUGUUACCACUGAUGACCUGUACAACUUUAUUAAAUCAAAGACAGGUGUGAGGUACUCUGAAAAUUUUAUUGGAGUAAAAGAAUGCUAUUAUGGAGAUAACAAAUGCCUUUCCUUCAUUCCAAUUAAUUUACCAAAUACCAAUCUUGGAAUACCCAACUCCAUUAUUAAUGUCACUACCUUGGAUAGCUGCCUGCAUGGUUUGUUAGGUUUAAUUAAAGAUCCAUGUCAAUUAUUUUUAGAUAGGUUAGAAAAUUUCAAAUACUUUUCAAGGAACAUACCAAGUAUUGGUGAGGUUGACCAUGUAUAUUCAUAUGGUGAAUUAAAUUUUAUAUAUAACAACUCUUACUAUGUAACUUUUAAAGUACUACUCCCAGAUGGUACAAUUCUUGUAGAGGUUGAUAAUAUUAUUUUAACAUCAUCAAUAGAAAUUAAAGAUUCAUUAAAUAUUGAAUAUGAACCAAAUUUUUAUUAUGAAUACUACUUAGAGUCAAUAGAAUCCUCAGUUCCAACACCGUCCCAUUUCAAAGACUUGAUCAACUCAUUACCAACAAUGGACAAAAAUGAAAUAAAAUAUUAUGAAAAAUAUAUAAUAAAUGCAUUAUUAAACAACGUCAAUGAAAAAACAAAUAUAGAUUUAGAUAUAGUUCAAAAACUAUCAAUACAAGAGUUGGAAAAUAAAUAUUUAAAUGAAAAGAAAAACCAAAAGCUUUUUAACUUUAUAUUCAAUUUAAUCAAAGAAAAUAUUGAUUCAAUAGAAAAAAAUAGAGAUAAUGUUAAUCAAAGAGUUGAAGAUAAAUCAAUGUCAUUAAAUAGCAUAAUAAAUGCAAGUUUACAAAUAAUUUUAAUAAAUUUAUUCCCAAGUGGGAAUCAUAAUUUAAUGAUUGAAUUCCCAGAGUCCCGUUAUUAUAGUGGUUGGUUAAAUUAUUUUUAUGAAAAUAAUACAAACAUAAACAACUUGGACAAAUUAGUUGUAGAAAUUAUUAAAAAAUCAAUUAUAAAGCAAGCUAAUAAAAAAUAUGUGGUUAGAAUUUUAGAAAUUGGGGGUGGCAUAGGUUCAUUAUCGGAAAAAGUAGUUAAUGGAUUAAACACGAUAAUAGAAGCAAAUCCAAACAUUGAAACUGAUAUAGAAUAUACCUACAGUCACGAAUCUCCCUCUCAUUUUGUACAAGUUAAGCAAAAACUUAAACAUUUUAAUGGGAACGUCCUUUUCAAAGUUUUAAAACUCCAAGAUGAUUCUGUUGAAAACCAAAAUUUCAAACCAAACUAUUACGACUUUAUCAUAGCUUCAAAUACCUUACAUUUAGUUAAAGAAAUUAAACCAGCAAUAAACCAAAUUUAUCGACUAUUGAAACCAAAUGGACAACUACUAUUUUUAGAAUUUUCACAACAGUCGCUAUUGGCCAAUACUGUAUUUGGUUUCUUUGAUGAAUGGUGGUCUUUUAAAGAUAUUGGUCUUAGAAGUGAAAACUGUCUAUUAACCCAAGGUCAAUGGGAAUCUAUAUUAUCAAACACAAAAUUUACUGAUACAAUUAUGACAACCGAAGACAAUUCUUUUAGUUAUUUAAUUCAAACUAGAAAAGAGUUUCAAUAUAAUUCAAAUGUAAAAAGUUCGUCAGAAGUUAUAAUUUUUACAUUCGAUAGAGAAAACAGAUCAAGUCAAUCAAAUGAAAUUAUUAAACAAAUAUAUGAAAAAUAUAGCGGUGCAAUAAUUGUAGGAGAUUUAGAUGAAUUACUAUCAAAACUUUCUAAUACUUCCAAAGUUUAUUUCAUAAAGACAAUAGAAGAAUUAAAUUUAGAAAAUUUUAAAACUGUUACAUUAGAAUAUAUUAAAAUUAACCAGCAUAUGAUUAAAAAUAAUCUAACAACCAAAAUUAUCCUGGUAACAAUAAAAUCAUUUGAAGAAUCAAACAACUAUUUGAACUCAUCAGUGAACGGUACAUUUAGAUAUUUCUGUGAAGAUCAAGAGCAACUAGUGCUAUAUUGUUUUGACCUGGAUUGCAUUGAUUCCUGCUGUAUAGAUCUUAUCGACUCAUUGUCAAAUGAAAACAACUUUAUUCAAACAGAAUUCAUUGUAAGAAAACAAAAGGUUUAUAUAGAAAAAAUGAAAAGAAUUAAAAAUUCAAUAAACAAAUAUACUUCAAAACAAAAAACACCAAACAUCUGUAAAGAUUCUUUUAUUUGCAAAUAUAACUUUAAACUUCAAAUGGUCUUGGAUAACAAAGAAGAGCUCAAACCAGGUCAAGUUGAGGUAGACGUCAAAGCUGCUGGGUUAGACUAUAAAGACUAUUUAAUUUACAAAAAGAAAAAGAUCUUAAAUAACAAAUUCAAUACAUUUGGGAGCGAAUUUUCAGGCACAGUCAAAAGAGUUGGUAUUAAUGUUAAAAACUUUAAAGUUGGUGAUCAUGUUUAUGGUUUGAAAACUAAUACAACCCAAACUUCAAUAAUUAUCAAUUCAGAUCAAAUUUCUCAAAUUCCAAAUAACAUUUCAUUGGUUGAAGCAGCAUCAGUACCAUCAAUUUAUAUCAACAGCUACUAUUGUCUUUUUAAUAUUGGUGAUCUAAAUAUAUUAGACAAUGAAUCAAUUUUAAUUCAUUCAUCAACCAAUGAUUUUGGAUUGGCAUUGUUAAAUAUUUUAAAAUGGAAAGAAUUUUCAUCUCAAUUAUUUGUAACUGUAAACUCUGAUGAAAAAAGGGAUUAUUUAAUACAACAGUAUGGUUCAUUCAUUAGUGGUAUAUUUAGUGUGAACAAUUUUGAAAAAGAAAUUAAAGCAAAUCUAAUGAAAUCAAAUAAAGAAGGUAUUGAUUUAAUAUUUAACUCUAUUUCAAAUGAAUUUAUGGAUUCAAAUUGUAGGUUAUUAAGUUGUGGUGGGAAAAUAAUAGAUACAAAUAUUAAUGAAAUUGACAACAAAGAACAAUUAAAUUUAAAUUUAAAUUUAAAUGGAAAUUAUAUAAAACUAAACUCAAUUUCACCAAAAACAGCAAUAAAAAUUCUACGCUCAAUUACACAAGCCUUCAAUGAAGGUCACCUUAAACCAAUCCCUAUAAAUAAAUACAGUAAUAUAAAUAUUAAAAAUGCACUAUUAGAAAUUAAUAAAAAGAACACCAUAGGAAAAGUGAUAGUCGAAUUUGAUACAGAUAUUUUACAACCUUUAUUGACAGAAAAAAACAAUCACAAAAUUAUAGAAUCAACUUAUAAAAUAACAUCAGUUGGUAAAACAAUACUUGUAACUGGUCAAACUGGAAUAGCAUUAGAAAUAAUCAAAUGGAUAAUUAAAUUUUCAAACAAUAUAGAAAACAUAAUUAUAUUAUCAAAAUCAAAAAUGAAAUGGGAAUUAAAAUCACUAAUUCAAAGUGUUACUAAUGAUACAAAAAAGAACCAUAUCAAGUUUCAUUUUAAUUCAGUUGACGUUGGUAAUAAAACGGAACUAUAUAACUCGAUCCAACAACUCUAUAAUGAACAUCCUACCAUGGACAAAGUAGAUUCGAUAUUCCACUAUGCAUUUGUUCAAGUUGUCAAUGGACCAUUAGAAAUAUCAAUGAAAGAUUUAGAUCUAUCGCACGGAGCCAAAUCAAAUGGUGCAAUAAACCUACAUACCCUAUCCUUGGACUUUAACUGGCCAAUAAAAAACUUUGUAAUGGCCUCAUCCACUGCUGCAAAAUUUGGCAGUUUUAAUCAAUGCUCCUAUGUAUCAUCGUUGUGUGUAAUUGAUGCAUUAUCAAGAUAUAGAAAAUCAAUAGGUUUACCCUCCAUCUCGAUUAACAUGGGUUCCAUUUUAUCAGUGGGAAUAGCUGCAAAAAGCGAUACAAUUUUAUCAAUGCUCGAAUCGCAAGGUAUUCAUCAUAUUAAUGUUAAUCAAUUAUUGGGCUCUAUGGAUAUAGUAUUACACAAUCAAACUGAUAUAUCUUCAUUUGUAGUAUAUAAUGUCCAUUUUGACAAUGUUCAAAUCAAGAAAUACACAUAUCCAAUUAUAGACUACUAUUUAAAUCCAAUCCAAAACAAAACGAUAAAGGAAAAUGACCCAACGAAUAGCAAUAACAAACAAGACGAAAAAGAUAAAAUUAUAAAUAAAAUCUGUGAAAUUCUAUCCUUGGAGCCAUCAAAACUAAACACAAGUAAUAGUCUAUAUGAAUAUGGAAUUGAUUCUCUAGCAUCUACAAAUCUUCGUAAUUGGUUUAGUAAAGAGUAUUAUGUCAAUAUUGUAACAGUUGAUCAAAUCCAAAAUCUGACAAUUGUAAACUUGGUUAAUCAAAUUAAAAAUUAUAUAAAUAAAAAAAAAUAA